AUGCCUAAGGCUCGAAGGAAAAGAAAACAUCAGGUGGAAGAGGACCUGGUCGAGGGAAAUUUGGAAGAUGUACCAGAGAAACCUGCGGGUGAGAAUCUGAUUGAUUUUGAGAAAAUUAUAUUGGCCUCAAAAAUUAUUCCGCGGGGUGGUGAGGGCACUGAUUCACCAGACACCUGGAUAGUUGGGAAUUCCAUACCAUAUUGGGGUGGCGCCCGGGCGAGGGACACGGGGAAAGUGAAUCUACGCACUUCAUGCGAGUUAGGAUGGUAUGAGAUUAUCCAGUGUGGUGAUGUGGAGAAACUGAUAAAGAAGCGUACACAUCCAGAGGAGUCGCCCCUUUACUAUGUUACUAUUGAGGACACAUUUGAUGUUAUCAAGCGUGCCCACAUUGCUACUGGUCAUGGUGGUCGUGAUCACAUGAUCAAUGAACUACAACGAAAAUAUGCGAACAUCACUACCAAGGCUCUAGAGCACUUCAAGUCACUUUGUGCGGAGUGUCAGAAAAAGAGGAAGCGUCCAAUGACCAAGGGUGUAGUGGUGCGACCUAUUCUGACCAAGGUAGAGGCCAGGUUGAUUUAA